AUGAGCGAAAGAGGUGUAUGCGAAGUUUUAAUCAGUGGUAUCCUUACAAUACUAACAUUCAUAUAUUUGGCUGUUGGUCUUAUCGUAAUCGGAUUAAGUUUAUGGCUUCGAUUAGAUCCAGCAUUUGAAGAAAUGAUGCGAAAGAAUAUUCUCCGGAUUAAUAAUAAUAAUGCAGAAAUGGAUGAAGUGAAAGAUCAAAUUCGUUUUGGUUUGACGAUAUCAUUUUGGGUAAUUUGUGGUUGUGGGAUUGCAGCCUCUUUAAUUGGCUUACUUGGCGUUUGUGGAGCAAUUUUUAUAAGUCGCGUAACACUUAUUUUGAAUUUAAUAACCUCUGUGAUGCUAAUGGCUAUUGAAUUAGCAAUUGCACUUUUCAUCUUUCUUUACAAACCAACGAUCGAAGAAACAACAACUCGUUAUGUCAAUUUAGCCGAUCAAUUGGAUGGUUUGCUGGAUGACAUGAAUACCAUUACAUCAAGGGUUUGAUACUUGUGAUAAAUCAGAAAACAAAUAGUAGGAGGAGCAGCAAAGUGAUAGCAAUUCUUUGUUGAAUUCGAAUUUGUGCAAGAA